AUGGCCAAACAGUUGCUCACUCUCGCCUCAGCCCUGCUGCUGCUCCUGUCGCCCAGCUGGGCGGGCAUCAUUGCCCAGCCUGCCCUCAGCUACUACGGCGAUGAGCACGCGGUGGCCCACACCCAGCAGAAUGUGGUGCGCAGCUUCGAUGGCACCGUCUCGCACUACGCCAAGUCCGUGGCCACACCGCACUCCCAGGUGCACAAGCAGGACACGAGGAUCAGCAACAAUGUGUAUCAGCCGGCCAUUGCCAAGACUGUGACGUACCACCAGGCCGAGCCAGCGGCAGCGGCAGUCUACAAUCAUCACGCACAUCCGGAGCCACAGCUGUUCACGCAGGCAGCCCCGCAGGCGGCAGUCUACUCAGCUCCACAGGCUGCCCUCUACCAUCAGGCAGCGCCUCAGGCUGCCCUCUACCAUCAGGCAGCGCCUCAGGCUGCUGUUUACCAUCAGGCAGCUCCUCAAGCCUCCAUCUACCACCAGGCAGCUCCUCAGCCCUCUGUUUACCAUCAGUCAGUUGCUCCUGUGGUCAGUCACCAGCCCGCUGUCAUUCACUACUCGCCGGCGGAGUCCGUUUCCCACAUGAGCUUCGAUGGCUUUGGCACACAUUGGGGAUUCUAAGG